AGAAAAGUCGAACAGUCGAAGUGUCGCUCCGUUGAUAAAAAUUGCAACAGCUCGUCAUAGUUUGCUUUUCAUGAGAAACAAGGUUUAGUCGUGAACUGAGCGUUGUUGCGUAGUAGAUAAACGGUACGACAAUGGAUAACUUGAAUUCCCAACUUGCUCAUAUUUCGCUAAGGUCAUCUGGGAGUGACCCUCAACAACAGCAACAACAACAACAGCAGCAACCACCACAGUACGGAGCGCUUCCCGAUUGUGGUCCGAAUGGUGCUGGUGUUCCCGGAAUGGUAAUGAUGGGUCGCAAAGGACCCGCAGUUCCACCCAAGCCGAAAAAACCUUCACCUUCGACGGUGCCACCACAGGUUCCGAAGAGUUCUAACGUCAAACAAUAUAUUGAACCAUCCUACUCGACGCUGCUGCAAGGCCAGUCCGGUGGUCCGCCAUCUGGUGGAGUGGAAGAGCAUGCUUAUACAAACACACCGUUCGCGGCGGGAGCCGCUGGUAAAAUGGGAGCUCGAAAGGUGACCUUGGAUAAUGCAAUUGAAUUGCAGCAGCAGAAGGAAGCACUUGAACAUCAUAAACGGAUGAUGCAGCUUAAAAUACAGCAAAGAGGACAGGCAGACGGGGCAGUUUAUGAGAACACGGCGCCUCGCUAUUACGAGGGUGAUGCCACCUAUGCUAACAUCCCCGGUGGACCGAAGAAUGGAGACGGGAUAAUUUACAGCAAUAUCGUUCAUGGCGCUGCCGGUCCGAAGAAGCCUUUCACCCAAAGGCAGAUAUCGGAUGAGCUGCCGCCGCCUCCGGCUCAGGAAACUCAGAAUGCGUUGUCACUAAAUGAAUUGUCACUGGAAGACAACGAUGAUGAGUUUCCUCCACCUCCUAGUCCGGUUAGUUCUUCUUACAGUGAGCUUAGAAGAGCUACUGAUCCACCGUCAAUUGGAUGUCAACCGCAACCGACCUACAACAUGGUAGGACCAGGCGCUGCUGGACAAACAUACAGUAAUCUUGCUCCGAAUAAUCAGAUAUAUGCCAAUAACAUGCAUCAUCAAUCGCUGUACGGGACCUAUGGCAUGAGCUCUCAAGGUUCCACCACAUACGAAUCAAUCUACGAGCCGAUCAAUCCACGCCCAACCAGUCAAAUGUCCGGUAGAUCCAACUAUUCACUUUACACACCGUACGUAAAUUCGCGUGGCGUCAAUAGUCCCAAUGAUAGUCUGAUAACAAGCGCUUCGAACCAGCAUCAACAUCGCGGUCAUCCGCCGAAAGAAUCUGAAGUGGACACCCUAACGGAUCUGUUGGUUCAAUCAAUGGACAACGUACAGGAUCCGGACUCGUUUGGGACAUGUGUGAAAUGCGGCGACAGAGUGAUCGGAGAAAACACCGGCUGCACAGCGAUGGACCAAAUUUAUCACAUUGCUUGUUUCACAUGUCACCAGUGUCAGAUUAAUCUACAGGGCAAGCCAUUCUACGCUCUGGAUGGCCAACCGUACUGCGAGGAGGAUUAUUUGAACACGCUGGAGAAAUGUUCGGUCUGUUUGAAACCUAUUCUGGAGCGAAUCUUACGGGCAACCGGCAAACCGUAUCAUCCCCAGUGCUUCACCUGUAUCAUCUGUGGCAAGUCGCUGGAUGGAAUUCCGUUCACUGUCGAUGCCACCAAUCAGAUUCACUGCAUCGAAGAUUUCCACAAAAAGUUUGCACCGAGGUGCUGCGUCUGCAAUAUGCCCAUCAUGCCGGAACCGGGCCAGGAUGAGACCAUCCGUGUCGUGGCACUCGAUCGAAGCUUUCACAUUAACUGCUACAAGUGUGAGGAUUGUGGUUUGAUGUUAUCCUCCGAGGCCGAGGGACGCGGUUGCUACCCGUUGGACGAUCAUAUCCUGUGCAAGAGCUGCAACGCCAAACGAGUGCAGACACUAACCAGCCACAUGACAACCGAGUUGUAAGGGGCCACUGUCGGUUAGCAAUGCUAGUUCAUGUUUUUCUUGUUUCUUUUGGCAUUUUUGUUAGUCAUUCGAGUGCAAGAGCUUGCUUUUGCAAAUAUCAAGUGCAAACUUAAGAAGUUAGAAUAUAGUACAGAGUGAAUGGACCGACAUUAGUCCGUUGCACUCUUGGCUGUUAAUUUAGUUGGUAGAGAAAAAAAACCGGCAUGAAAAAAAUAUCGCUCAAACAGUUCUUUAUAGUGUCUGUACGAAAAUAGCUAACUGCGGAAACGCAUAUACUUAUUAUACAUAUAUCCACUUGCGGAAGUCGUCUAUCGAUAUGCAUUUAUAAACAAUCUGAUCAUUCCACUUUAAUCAAUACUAUUGUACUACAUAAUAUACGUUUUAAAAAAAGCAUUUAUAGCGAACUGUAUGCUAGGAACAGAUUUCGAAAGUUUUAAAGUAGGUAACUGAACCGAAACAUUGCCAAUAGCGAAUAGUGAUUAGUAGAGAGAACAGUUUAAAACUUGUUACAACUAAAAUUCGUCCCCUUUUCUUCGUGUAAAACAUAGUGGUAAUAACGAACGUUUUAAUAUUACAUUCUAUACAUAUAUCAUACUAUGCAAGUACGUAAAUCAUUCCGAGUAACGAAUAAGCUUCGCCUGGUGUACUUAGAACCUAACGCAUCCGACUCUUACCGCCGUAUAUGAGAGGUUUGUGUUAUUAAAUUGGUGUA